GCAGUCACAUGAUCCUGCGCGGAGGAGAUGCAUUUCCGUGUUCACCGAGAGCUGAAUCAAUUACGCCACUGUUGUCAAAACUGAAUCGUUCACAGUGCGAAACGCAUUCAUCGAGAAACAGUGCAGUAUCGCUCAAGGGGGCAAUCAGACAUUUCGGACCACGGCAUGACCAUGCUGACACGGGUGAAAUCAGCGGUGACACAUUUUAUGGGGGGCAUGAUCGCUACUGGUGCAAAUGGGGACCAUUUGAGCGGUUCGGAUCUGCCGUUGAAAUUCCCGUACAUGAGACCCGAGUUCUUGGGGUUGUCCCCGGACGAGAUUGAGUGUUCAGCGGACCACAGUGCAAGACCCAUCCUCAUACUGAAGGAGAGUAAGAGGCUGCCCUGGUCUACCGGCUAUGCAGAGGUGAUCAACGCUGGGAAGAGUUCCCUGAACGAGGACCAGGCGUGCUGCGAGGUGCUGACCGUCAAACCCAAGCCUCCCGCCAGCGGCGCCGGGGCCAACCGGACCCCCACGUCCCGCCGGAGGUCCUCCCUGCCGAACGGCGAGGGUCUGGGCCUCCAGGAGAGCCUGGAGGUGUGCGAGGGCCUGACCCUCCACUACUGGGGUCUAUUCGACGGGCACGCGGGCUCGGGCGCGGCGGUGGCGGCGUCGCGCCAGCUCCACGGCCACGUCGCCCAGCACCUCCAGGAAGUGCUGGACAUCCUGCGUCUGCCGGGCCAGCCGCCGCCCACCUGCAUGGGGGAGGAGCCUCUCAACCACCACCACCACCCCCACCACCAGCAGCAGCAGCAGCACCUCACGGCCACCGCCCAGCGCUCCCUGACCAGGGCCGCGUCCCUGCGGGGGGCCGCGGGCGCCCCCGCGGGGACGUCCGGCACGCCCCCGCCGCAGACGCGCUUCUUCACGGAGAAGAAGGUGUCGCACGAGAGCCUGGUGGUGGGGGCCUUGGAGAACGCCUUCAAAGACAUGGAUGUCCAGAUAGAGAAGGAUAAGGGGGUCUAUAAUGUCUCUGGGGGCUGCACAGCUCUGGCCGUCCUGUAUUUUCUCGGCAAACUCUAUGUGGCUAACGCUGGGGACAGCAGAGCUGUGAUCAUCCGGUCAGGGGAGGUCAUCGCCAUGUCGACCGAGUUCACUCCAGAGUCUGAGAGGCGGAGGCUGCAGUUCCUGGCCUACAUGCACCCACACCUGCUGGGCAAUGAGUUCACCCAUCUGGAGUUCGCCCGGCGAGUUCAGAAGAAAGAGGUGGGGAAGAGGAUGCUGUACCGGGACUACACCAUGUCAGGCUGGGCGUAUAAGAGCAUCGAGGAGGACGACCUCAAGUUCCCCCUGAUCUACGGAGAGGGGAAGAAGGCGCGGGUCUUGGCUACCAUUGGCGUCACCAGAGGUCUUGGGGACCAUGAUCUGAAGGUGCAUGACUCCAACAUCUUCAUCAAGCCUUUCCUGUCCUGCUGUCCAGAGGUCAAGGUUUACCCGCUCUCGCUGUUCGACCACGGCGCCGAUGACGUGCUAGUGCUGGGAACCGACGGCCUGUGGGACGUGCUGUCCAACCAGGAAGUGGCCGAGGCGGUCACCGGUUUCCUGGCCAACUGCGACCCCGACGACCAGCACAGGUACACCAUGGCCGCCCAGGACCUGGUCAUGCGAGCACGGGGCAUGCUGAAGGACCGAAGCUGGAGGAUUUCUGGCGACAGGCUGGGCUCCGGGGACGACAUAUCCGUCUAUCUCAUUCCCUUGAUGUACGGCAACACGCAAACGUAGCCGCGCCCCCUCGCCGCCCCCCACCCCUGUUGUGUCUGUGUUCUCGUCAAUCAUUCGAUCCUCCAUGUCGAACGUCCGUUAAAGUGUCAUCAGAGCGAUUAUGAACACGGUACAUUAUUUAAAUCCCACAGGUUUUCUUCAGCAUAACACUGAAUCUAGAAUUUGGGACGGGAGAUUUACUCACUGGGGAGUUUUAACACGGAGAGCUCGACUGCUACUGGAUCAGCGAUGAUUCAAAAGAUUUUAAUCUAUAGGAUUCAGGAAGUGAGAUAUGGGUUCAUGCAAGGUCACAAGCCCCAGACCAUAGCCAUGCCGCUAAUGAAACCUGGUGGAUGCAGUAAAAAUAUUCAAAUUUGGAAAACGUCCAUCUUUCACUUUGCGUCAGAGGACUACGUCUGACUGGGGAACCCUGCGGCACAAAUCCCACUAAGCGGCGUUUAAAAUGGAGUCCACCGUUUGAGAAUGUCUUGUACCUCUCCCCUCUGCUGGCCUUAGGUUAGGCGACCCUGAACUUGCUCAUGGGUUUGAGACUUUCCCGUUUAAGUGAAACCCAAAGCCAAGCUUUCAAAAUAGACCUGCCGUCGCACCUUAAACAAUUCAAAUCGUUAAUUUAUUUCACGAGUCCAAAGGCAUCUGCACAGGGCAAAGGAUGGUGUUAAAGUGUAUGCCUAAAUAGGCCUUCUUUACCCAGCUUAAUGGCAAUAGUGUUUAUGUAGAACAAUCCCCAGACUUUAAAAUGUUGUAUAUUCUGGUCAAAGAAAUGUAUUGGUGUAUGUAUGUAUGUUUUUCUUUUUUUGCUGUUUGUGAGAAAAUGGGUUGGCGACUCAAGAUGGGAGGUGAAUGUACGCUUGGUAUUAUUGUUAAUGAUUAACAAUAUUUCGAAGGACUAUUGAAGAGUACGGCAGUGAACCCGCUGCAUAUAUAUUUAUCAUUACUGCAUUGUGUUUCUAUCGGCCCUAGUUGACGUUUAUAUUUAAGAUAAAAUAAUCUGUUCAAUCAAUGAGCCCUCAAAAAGGUUAACAGCAUCCGAAAGGUCAGAAUUGAUCUCUAAGGAUUAAGGUACGAGAAAAAACUUUAAUUGAUGUCAGGCUAGGCGGUAAGCUCCGACGCUUAAUUUUUUUAAUUUAAUGACUUCUGUUGGUAACAGAUAAUUUAAGAAGACGAAGGAAACAAAGCAUUUUUUUUCUGGUGCUUUUAUCCAAAGUGAGGGAGAAGUAUUCCGAUUAUUGGUGUCAGUUUAAUGUACACAGCCCUUCCUAGUGCAUCAUCCCUCCGGCCCCUACCUUUAAAUUACGUCAUAUUGCAAUGUGAUUUAAAAAUAAUAAGUUAGUGUCAAUCCAGUGAUCUACCUCGUUAAUUCCCUCCUUUUCUGUUUUAAUUCCAUCUAUAGUAGAUAUUCUCUUCAACUUUCUAAUAACACACCGAAGGAUUCCUGUGCCAUAUGUAAGUGCAGAAAUGCACUGCAGUUAAAACCAAGUCACUCAGGAAGCUGUGUGAUGGAUUUAUAGAGUACUAUAAUGAGUUUAUUGUAUACUUAUGUUAUCUUGUGCUUGUUUGUUGUCAGCGUUUUACCGCCACCCAUUUCCGUUUUUAAAUUAAAGCGAUUAAAUCCUUUGUAAUGAAGUCUGCAUAGUUGUGUCACUACAAUAUACAAUACCACUUUACGUUUUUCUAAAAUAUUUAAUUAUGUUAAUUUUGUUUUUCUCUUCUGCAUUAGAUUGGUAUGCAUGAUUAAUUAUAUUUAUAUCAAGUAGAGGUCUUCUCACAAACAAGUAAAAGCACAAGGUUACUUAGGAUAACUCUGUGUAAAUACCAUUCCAAGGGCAAAGGUUCCUCCUUAUUUCUGAUGUUUCUUUAGCGCUGUAUAUUUUCUUUCCUAUACUUGAAGAAACUACGGUAGUCAUUUGUACGAUUUCGGAAAUGUGAUGUAAUUUGAAGAGGACUACGUAAUGAGCUUUUAAAUGUAAAAACGCAAUGUGGUAUCUUCAUAAGAGCUCUUUGAAGCCAUGUCUUACUCUGUAACAAGAAGAAAUGGAUCAUUACGGUCCUCUCCUUUUGGUGGUAGCAUUGAUGACGUGAAUAAAGCCAUGAUCUCUCCAGUAA